AUGAUCGUGAUCAUCAUCAGCUGCAGCAAAUGGAGUUGCCUCCUGGUUUUCGUUUUCAUCCCACCGACGAAGAACUGAUAACCCAUUAUCUGUCGCCAAAGGUUCUCGACACUUCCUUCUCUGCUAGAGCAAUCGGGGAAGCUGAUUUGAAUAAAGUUGAGCCAUGGGAAUUGCCUUGGAAAGCGAAAUUGGGUGAAAGAGAAUGGUACUUUUUCUGUAUGAGAGAUAGGAAAUAUCCAACCGGGUUGAGGACUAACCGGGCUACGAGAUCCGGGUAUUGGAAGGCGACAGGGAAGGACAAGGAUAUUUACAGGGCAAGAGCCCUUGUGGGUAUGAAGAAAACCCUAGUCUUUUACAGAGGAAGGGCACCCAAAGGGGAGAAGACGAAUUGGGUCAUGCAUGAAUACAGAAUAGAGGGUAAUUAUACCCUUUACAAUCUCCCCAAAACUGCUAAGAUCGAAUGGGUCAUUUGUAGAGUGUUCCAAAAGAGUUCGGGUGGGAAGAAGGUGCACAUUUCCGGGUUGACCCGAUACGCAUCGGAUUCGUCACCUCUGGAUGAUGAUCGGAGUCACGUGACCUGCUUCUCCGAUCCACGUGACGAUGAUGAUGUUGACGAGGAAGAGGAGGAGGAAAACAUAUUCAAUAAUAAUAAUAAUAAUAAUACUCCAUUCUAUUACCCUACAAUGGCUGCUUCCGCCGCCGCCGCCUCUGUUCCGGGUCAGACCCGGUUCUUCUCCGGAAACAUUAAUACCCAAUGCCAAGAACAGGUUUUGAUGCCGGAUCAAGCCCAUGUCCUGAGAUUCCUUCUCCAGAAUAACAUUAAUAAGGUUCCAAUGGUUUCGGGUUUGGAGCAGGAAAGUGGUUCAAAACCGGUGGAUCUUGAGUGUAUUUGGAACAUGCCUUUACAGUAGUAUUAGUUAAUUAAUUUAUA